UUUAUAAAUUGAAGCAGUAUUUUAUGUUAACAUAUAUUUAUAAAUUAUUUGUUACGAAAUGACUGCUUUGGGAGAUCUUCCUGAAGUGAUGUCGUUUUUUGGCACAGACCUUAAAACUGGUUCGUUAAUAAUCGCUGCACUUGGCAUUGUGCAUCCGAUGGCGUUUGGAUGUUCAUUUUUCAUGCCACUAAGCUACUUACUGGUCACCAUUUGGCUGCUAGUUGCCUGUUACUUUGCUGCGAGUGUCUGUUUGUUUUUUGGUCUUAAUACGAAUGACACAUUCCUGAUCGCACUUUGGAUAUGGUACGCGGUUAUCUUCGUGGUGGUUAUGUUAAUGAUGAUGAUCCUACUCGCCCUGGUGUACACAUCACGUCGUCAGAGGAGUAGAGUAUUAGUUGUUAUACUAGGAAUGCUUUGGUACAUACUUACAGUAUAUUUCAUCCUGGUAGUGAACAGUCAUCGAAAUGUUUUAUUAAAAGAACAAAACUUAGACGAAAAAAUUACUGAUAAGAAGUUUUAA